UUACAGUGAUUGAACUUUGGUGGGAGGGGUGGGGUAGAGUGCUGGGAGGCUCUUCAGCCGCCAACCUCCCGUUCCUCUGAAGUUGACAAGACGCGGAAAAAGUUUUGCGAAAAGAAGUUUUCGAAACUUUUUUCCCAAGUUUGGGUAGUUGUGAAGAUCUUCGCGUAGGGUGAAUUAUGCCUCCUCAGGACCUGUCCGACUAUCGUGUACGGUUCGCUCCUCCUGUACCACCCCACAAACCCAGGCAGGACACUCGGAACGGCAGCCCCCAGGAGCGGUUCCUCAAAUGCGUCUUGCUGGGCGACGGGGCAGUUGGCAAAACGAGCCUGGUCGUGAGUUAUACAACCAAUGGUUACCCAACCAAGUAUGUCCCAACCGCUUUUGAUGACUUCUCGGCUGUCGUUCAAGUUGACGGGACCCCAAUAAGACUGCAACUGUGUGAUACAGCAGGCCAAGACGAGUUUGACAAACUCCGCCACUUCUGCUACCACAAAUCGGCCGUCUUCCUGCUCUGCUUCAGCGUGGUCAGUCCCUCGUCUUUCCAGAACGUGGUGGAGAAGUGGAUGCCCGAGAUCCGGUCACACUGCCCCACCGCCCCUGUGGUCCUGGUGGGCACCCAGUGCGACCUCCGAGGAGACGUCAAGGUCCUAAUCGAGCUGGCUGCUUGCAAGGAGAAGCCAGUGCCCUUGGCUGCUGCCCAUGGCCUCGCUGAGAAGAUUGGAGCUGUGACCUACAUUGAGUGCUCCUCGCUGACCCAGAAGAACCUGAAGGAGGUCUUCGACAUGGCCAUUGUUUGCGGUCUCCGUCAGUUGGACAGCCAAGUGGCCAGUGAGCGCAAGAUGAAGACCUUGACCGCCAACAAAAUGAGGACACUGUCGAGUUCCUGGUGGAAGAAGUAUAUCUGCAUCGUAUGAAAAUUGUAGGCUGGGCAACGGGGUCAUGGGGAUGCUUGCCAAACUACUGAACUUCUGGGGUGAGGAAUGAAUGGUGCCCAGGAUGGAGUGGGUGGGGAAGGGGUUUCCCAAUUCUGGCUGACUGAUUUCUUACUGUACAUUUUUUUUUACUUCCAAUAGGCAGAUACUUUGCUCUAUGGAGACGCAAGAGACUGCAGAUGCUGGAAUUUGGAGCAACACAAAAGCAUUGGAGGAACUCAGCAGGUCAGGCAGCAUCUAUGGAGGGAAAUGGACAAUCAACAUUUCAGAUCCUGAAACGUCGACUGUCCGUUUCCCUCCAUAGAUGCUGCCUGACCUGAGUUCCUGCAGUAUUUUGUGAGAUGCUUUAUUCUUAAUGUUUUGCAAGGGACACUUGGGUUGGAUGGCAGGUUGGGCUUGAUCCUUGCACCAGGGAGGGGUGAAUGGGCUUGGUUGUGGACCUGGGUUCCAGCUGUCCAGUCAACCCUCACCUUACUUGGAGAUUGGGCCUUGUGGUCACAGUGAGGGAGGGCUUGAUUCCAAUGCCUUCCAUCGUAGAAUUGCCAUUUGGGUGGGGUCAUGUCUGCUUUUUUUCCACCCCCGUUGAAGAAGUGGACAGGAUCUCUCUCUAGGCCAAAGCUCUGGCAGAAUUUUUCCCCCAUCUCACUUGGUUACUAAGUGAAUGCCAUUUUAUUGAAAACACAACAUUGCAUUUGUGUGGCACCUUCCUAACCCCAGUCAGUGAUAUGCCCUACAGUAAUGUUGCAGCCAGUAAGAUCCCACAAAUACCAAUUAGAUUGGACCAACUCUCUGCUUCUGUGUUAAGGUGCAUGUAUUGAUGAGGGCAAUUGUCACUGCUCUUUCAGUAAUUGGCAGGAGGUGGAGAGUGGACUUGGGAUCUUAUAUGCAAAGAGAAACUGAGUUAAGGUCUUGUGUCAAAGCCCCUUUAACUUGAAGAGGCUUCAACCAAAAGCAGUAACUGUUUGUCUCUCCCCAGCUGCUGAUUAUUUCCAACUUUUGCUGGGUUUAUUUCAGAUUUCCAGCAUCUGUAGCAUUUCUUUAGUUUGCGAUCUUUGUAUCCAUCAGCUAAAUGCUGCUUUAUGGUAAUGACUCUACCCAUCUUUGGGGAACAUUAUUUUUAAGAAAAAAAACUGCUCUGAAGUUCUUUGACAAUCUGAUUUAAUCUUUGGUGCCUCAGUUAUACUUUAAAUUACUCCUGCAAUGCAGCAACUCAGUCUUCCCCUAUAUGGGAAUUAAUGAAAUUCUAGCUCUCUCGUAAGAUGUCAGGUGCAUUGUUAUCCAGGUUAUGUCUGCAGGAAGUAGCUACCUGGGGUUUUGGGGUUCAUUUUACCUUUAGACUUUGUGCUCAAAGUCUCAAUUUCUGCUUUGGACCUUUAAAUGAUUUGGAUUAUGUGCUAGUUGUAAAUGACAGUCAAUCCAAACAAGGGGCCCUUCCAGGACCCUGUUUCAACCUUUCACCACACCCCCCCACCCCCCCCCCCCCCCAAAAAUUCUUCAGAUUUGGCCUGUGUUAAGAUACUCUGUACUUUGUGCACAGCCCAGCCUUCUCACCCCUUUCUCCCAGCAACCAGGCUUUAUUCAGCCAGAAUAUCAUGACACCUUGGAUAAUUUGUUUAGUGACGGCUAUAGUCAACCAUGCAGGAACCAGUCGUACCAUAACCAUGGGCAACCAAGAAGCCAAGCCUGCAAGUAAUUGAAAGGGGCUGUGGAACCAGCCUAACUGAGUAUUUUAGGGCAUUGCUUUCUACUGCUAGGUAUUGCAUUGGCUGAGUUUAGUUGACUUUAUUAGAUUCUGAGGAUUUUAUGCAGCAGUUUGCUCUGCUACUGUUGGCAUUUUGUCUCCUGAAUGUUAAGAAUCAAAGCAGCAGUUUAAGUGCCAGUUACUGACAAAUUGCCCCAUGUUGCUUGAGUUCUGGUUUAGAAAGGAGGAGGAGGAUCUGGUCACUGCUGGCCCCACCCUCCAGUAUCAUGUGUGUGACUGCACCAUGUUGGAGUCUUUGCCCAACCCUAGAAGUUGCAGGAGCGGCCACAAGACAAUAUUUGGGUACAAUGUCCAUCUCAGCAAUUGGAUGGCAGUCGGCAAUCAGCUGGUGAGGCCAGUUGGUUGGCACAUCCUCCAAGCAUUGCCAGGGUACCACUUCACCUUGCCAGAGGCAGUCUUGGCUGUUAUUGGCUACCAAGAAACAAGCCUGGAAACUUUUUAUGAGAAUUUGGGGCUAGUUGGUGAAAGUGGAUCAAAGUUUGCUAUAGCCAACUGAGGAACUGCACCUCUUGCUUUAAAUACCACUAGUGCCAAAAGCUUGGGUGGGGAGGCAGGGAUGGGGGAGCAUGUAAUCAGGGAGGGAAAAGGUUAAAAUUACUUCCAUGGGAAUAUGGGAGAUGUGUGAAAUAUUAAAAGAUGCUUCUUUUUUGCAGAAGUUCAAAUUGUUCAAAUAUAUAAUGUAUACACAUGUAAAACACCACCUGGAUAGUAUUACCAGUGUGAAAGUCAAGUCAAAGAUGCUGGAACAGUACAGAGGUAGCCCUUGACACUGGGUUGCUUUUAAAGAAUAAUUUACACUGGGGCUCUGGAGCAGGGAGGGUGCCCUCCACUGUGGAGUCAACUGCUUCAUAAGCUGCCGGUCUCAACCAUUGCAGUGUGAAGUAAAAAUAAUAAAAUUUCUGUAUUUUCAAAGAAA